ACAACCACCACUAUUUUUGACGUUUGCCAGUUGUGGUAUGUGACCCACGACGAAAAUGACAAGUGGAUUUGCAAGUGAAGUCAGCCAAACAGUUUAUUUUGUCUUAGCUUAAUUAGAGAAACAACCGGCAGAGAUUAAAAACAUUUAUUUGUUUUUGUUUAGAGUCUGCUAGAAGAUUUGUUACUGGUAGAACAUACCGGUAGCAAUCAGAAACAAGAAAGCAGGGUUGUGGAUUUCCCGGAAGUCCGCUUGCGCACAGCUGUGGAGAGAGCCAAGAGUCCAUGAAUGACGGGCAUGGCUGACUGGAACCAGGGUGUGGGAACACUGAGCGAGGCUCACCGCAAUGGGCUUGCUGCCUUGCUGGACAAUGCCAAGUGUGGAUGGAAACAGCUGGCUACAGCAGCCAAGGAUGAUCCCCGCUUCCGCUGCAGCGAAAGUGAGCUGACCAACUGCUCGCUGCAGGUGAUGAGCUGUGACGGCAGCCCGGGCCGCAGCCUCCUGGACAGGCUGACGGAGCGCGGCUGCACCCUGGCCUUCCUCCUGCAGUGCCUACGCAAGAUGGAGCACCACCAGGCCCUGGACUAUCUCACCACCGCUGUGGAGCAGAUCCAGGUUACAGAGCAUCCCCAGGCUCAGCAGGUGCCGGAGGGCAGCAGAGUGGUGCUGAGCUGCAGAGCAUCAGGUCCUCCAGGGCUUGGCUACCAGUGGUUCAGAGGCAAAGAGGAGAUACCUGGAGGGAAUGCACCCGAUCUAGUGGUGCCUUUCCUUACGGUGGCUGAGAAGGGACACUAUAUCUGUCGUGUAAACCAUGGGGAGAGAUGCAUCUUUUCCAACUGGGCACCUGUUCGGGUGAUCCGGUCAGGCAACUCCAGCUCAGAGGCUAGUAGCAGCUUUUUCUCUGCAACAAGUGGAUUGCGAAUCACGUAUCAGCCCGUUCACCAGUCGCUGUCUGAGGGGGAGGCCAUGCUGCUUCAGUGCUUUGCGGAGGGAAAUCCUCCUCCACAGUACCAGUGGUACCGCAACAAGGAGCCACUCGCAUCAGCAACCAGAAAUAAACUAAAGAUACCAUGUGUAACCACGGCUGAUAGGGGAAAGUAUUACUGUAGAGUCUACAAUCUCUAUCAUGAGACAAGGAGCAAUGAGGUCAACAUUAACAUCGGCCCAAGUUCCAUGCAAGAGGCCAACUGGAAAUAUGACGAGGAAGAUGGCUCCAUGGGCCCUGGCAGGCAGCUCGGCAACUUCUAUGCCACGGACAAGGUGGCCCUCCUGAUCGGCAACAUGAACUACCUGUACCACCGGCAGCUGCGUGCCCCCAUGGCCGACGUGCACGAGCUGACCAAUCUGCUGCGGCAGCUGGACUUCAAGGUGGUGUCCCUGCUGGACCUCAACCGCCAGGAGAUGCACAGCGCCGUCACCGAGUUCCUGCUGCUGCUCGACCGCGGCGUCUAUGGUCUUCUGUACUUUGCUGGUCAUGGUUAUGAGAACUACGGCAACAGCUUCAUGGUUCCCAUCGACGCUCCGGCCUCCUACACGUCAGAGCACUGCCUGUGGGUGCAGUGGGUACUGCAGCGGAUGCAGGAGCGGCAAACCGACCUCAACGUCUUUCUGUUGGACAUGUGUCGCAAAAGGAACCUAAAUGAUGAUACCAGACCAGAACCUGGCCCUUGGAAAGUGACGGCAAACAUAGUGUUCGGUUAUGCCACGUGUGUGGAUGCGGAGGCUUAUGAGAUGAAUAAAGAUGACCUGUCCAAUGGCAUUUUCAUAAGCUAUUUAAAGAAGAGACUGAUGAAGGACGAGAAAGUUACUGUGAUGCUGGAUAAAGUGGGGGAAGACAUGGGCAAGUGCAGGAUCACACAAGGCCGCCAGGCCCUGGAGCUGCGGAGUAAUCUGUCAGAGCGCCGAGCGCUAACAGACAAGAUCCAGAGUACCGACUGCCCUGUCACUUCAGCACGCAACCUGCAGUGGGCCAUCGCUCAUGUGCUGCCAGAGAGCCGUACGUUACACUUUGAAUGUGGCGUGAAAGUGCAGCUGGGGUUCGCAGCAGAGUUCUCCAACCUCAUGAUCAUCUACACCAGGAUACUGGAGAAACCAAAGGAAAUAGACCACUGCACUGCCCAAUUGUCCGACUUCUCUGAGGACCUCGAGAUAGAUCUCAAACAUACCAACCAAGAGACUCUCCUGGAGGCUGGGAGUAUCCUUCCAAUCGCACAGCUCCUACCACAGCCAGAAGCCCCGAAGCUCUUCACUCGUCUAAAGGCACUUCAGAGGCUAAAGAAAGACCUGACCUUCACAGUCUGUCUUCACUACCAAUACUCAAAUCUGGAAGAGGAGCUUCAGGAGAGGCAAACAGUCACCAUAGGCAAACCUCUGGUGUCCAAGCUCAAUCUCCACGAGCCGCGCGCAGCACCCGCCUCCUGUUCUUCCUCAUCAUCGUCAUCCUCCUUCGAUUUCAACUCGUCAAGCCUGACAGAGGGGAUGUUCUCCUCAGCUAGCACCUCAGCCACCACCACAUGCUGGACUAACUACUCGCAACCAGGGUCAGGGGACACCAUGUCGGAGGUCUCACCCACCACUGGAGUCAAUUUGCCAGAAGAGAAUCUGGACACGGAUGAAUUUCAGACGUUGUCCGCAGGAAAAAGCCUGCCGUGCACUCGAGGGGAUGAUCUUUCAUAUCGUUUUAGCAAUAUGCCUGAUUUCCAUUCCUACUAGUGUAGUGCAGAUGCGCAGACUAACUUAGUUUUUACAUAUUGCACCGCACAUGCUAUAUUUUUGUACAAGAAUAGAAUUACUUUGUUUAAGAUGAUACAGUGCACACUGGUAUAUGAAUAUAAUGUCUGGAGUAUUUUAAAUGUAGUUUGUUACAUUUUUACAAGAAUGGUACUCAGUAAUAAAAUAUAUA